AUGGAGCAAAUGGAGAGGGUGUUUGAGGAAGACUUCAAGGUGGUGUGGGACCAAGUCCGCGACCAGUGCGUAGGGAGACAGCAGUCUUCGGUGUUUCGCCUUCCCAAGAAACAGGAUGAGUCAGCUGUGAUUGGUGAAGGGGAGGACUACUUCCUUUCGCUGUUCGGUCAUUCACGGAAAAUGCCCGCACACCCGUUAUACAACAAGAAGAAGUGGACGCACUUCUCUAUGAUUCUGGAAGACCUGGGCCAGACUAGACGCAGUGCUCUUGGAGACGUUAAAAUAGCUGAAGUGAAUAACAAGGGUUUAUUUGUGAAGCUCGUGAACUCUUCCCUAGAUAAAGAACUGGAAAUUGGAAGUCAUAUUCUCCAGCAAAAAGUGAAAGGACAGACAGUCUCUCUCUACCAGUUCAUUCCCAAUGUCAUCAUGCAGGCCCAGGCCACCGUCACGGUGUGGGCAGCAGCCUCAGAAGCCCAUCACCAGCCACCUUCGGACUUUCUGUGGAAGGAGCAAGAGACGUUCAGAACAAGCCCAAACUGCACAACCAUCCUGUGUCAACCGAACGGUGAAGCUGUCGCCUGGUACACUCCUGUUCACUGGCAACAAGCAUGGGAGAAAUUAGAGACAGACAUUGACUUUGAUAGAAACUUAAGAUCAAAUGCGACGUCCAAAAGACGCAUAUUUCAGUGGCCCAAAGUUGCAGGUAUUGUUUCCAGAGAAACAGAAGAUUGGUGUGAGAAAUCCUCUGUGAUGUGUCAGCAAAGGUCUUCUGGAAACGUGAGCUCGUCUUUCUUCCACAGGGAACAGGAGACCCCGCCACUGCUGUUUCCCCACAGCAGCCCUUGGUGCCACAGUUGCAGCUGCGCGCCACACCCCUACUGUUCCCUGAUAGAGUGUGAUGAGGAUUCUGGGAAACAGGCCCACAGAUAG